UUAAAAAAAAAUAUGGUUUUCUCGAGCUUGAUGAACUCCGUUGCUUUAACCCUCUGUAUUAUAAUUUUAGCAGGUUAUAAUCAUCAAGCUCGGGCAUUGAAUCGCGCCUUUUUUGGUAAUUUUGGAAAGCCUAGACCUUAUGAAGAAGGUUUAUGUGCUUCUUUGAUCACCAUUCAUGGUUACAAAUGCCAGGAACUUGAAGUUACAACUAAAGAUGGAUACAUUCUUAGCGUUCAAAGGAUUCUAGAAGGUCGAGUUAAGGCUGGUAAUGUCACGAAGGAGCCAGUAAUUGUACAACAUGGAGUUAUGGUGGAUGGAGCAACAUGGUUUAUGAACAGUCCAGAGCAAAAUUUACCUAUGAUUCUUUCUGAUAAUGGCUUUGAUGUGUGGGUUGUUAAUACUAGAGGAACCAAACAUAGUCGCAAACACACUCACCUAGAUGCCUCUAGACCGGAAUAUUGGUCUUGGUCUUGGGAUGAAUUGGUGGCUCAUGAAAUGCCUGCUGUUUUUGAUUUAGUCACAAAGGAAACCAAACAGAAGAUACAUUAUGUUGGACAUUCUAUGGGGACUUUAGUAGGUUUGAUAUCAUUGGCAGAAGGUAAAUGGGAAAAUCAGAUCAAAUCGGUAGUAUUGUUGAGUCCUAUCGCAUAUUUGAGCCGAAUGACAACGGCAAUUGGACGUCUUGCUGCAAAAUCCUUACUCGGCGAGAGUCUUACUGUUAUGCGGAUUGCCGAAUUUGAUCCCAAAGGGAUUCCUGCCACCACCUUCGUCCAGGGUGUUUGUGCUCAAAAUGGACUAGAUUGCAAUAAUUUAUUCACUUUAAUAACAGGUGAGAAUUGUUGCUUAGAUAAAGCAGCUUUUGAUGACUUCAUGAAAAUUGAACCCCAAUCAUCAUCAACAAGAAACCUUUUACAUUUAGCUCAGAUUGUUCGAACAGAUAAAAUAUCGAAAUACGACUAUAUGAGACCACACUUAAACAUGUUGAAUUAUGGACAUCUAACACCUCCGGCCUACGAUCUCUCAAGAAUUCCUAAAAACCUUCCAAUUUUCAUGAGCUACGGUGGUACCGACGCACUUUCCGAUGUCGCCGAUGUUAAGAAGCUCUUAGGUGACCACUUUCAUGACCAUGAAGCAGACAAGCUUACUGUUCAAUUCGUUAGUAAUUAUGCUCAUGGUGACUACAUGUUUGCUAUAAAUGCCCAUGAAGUAGUGUACAAAAACGUUACAUCUUUUCUCAAACGAAAAUUUUGAGGUGUGCCAUUUCUCUAAUUUCCCUUAUAGCAAUUUUGAAAAAUGUUACAAAAUUGUUGUAUGUGGGAAAUUAGUUUUGCUAUCACUAAACUUAAAGUAAAUUUUUGUCUAGUGAUGGUAAUAAUAUUUUAGGCUUUAUUAGAAAAAAAAUUCCAUAUUUUUGGUAUAUAGGUUCAAAGCAACACACAUGCUUUUUCAGCAUUUGCUUUGUAGUAAUAUAUAUCCAAAUUUGGAAUAAAGGAAGCACAUCCAUCUUACUUUAUUGGAUCACCUAUCUCAUUAAAUAUUUAUAAUAAAAUUUAUAUAUAAUUUAUCUAUC